AUGCAACUACAAUCUAUAACAGGUAGCAAUCCACUUUUAUCUAGACUUCAAAAAGUAUCAAAUCAAGCGGGUUUCUUUACUGUAGAUGUUAAAACUGGAGAAUACAAUUCCGAGUGUUGUUCAGGAGCAUCUACUCCUGUCAUGCUUAAAUCCGCAUCUUGCUCAGCUAGCUCACUCCUUGAGCAUCUUGACAGGGCAUUUGGCCAGUCUUCGCUAUCAAAAGACAUAUCUGAAUCGGAAUACACUGAAAACUCAUCGGAAAAUUCACCCUUGCAACUAAUAGGCACAGACUUUAGUGAGACAGGUGCUGCUUGCAAUCCAUCAAAUACCCAGCAAUAUCAGAAAAAGAAUGUUCAAAGCCACGAUGCUUUUUAUUCGAUUCCAAACGAAGUGCUGAUGCUUAUACUAGGACAUGUUGCAGAUCGUCGAAUUAAAGGCUGGAGUUGCUCCUAUUUAAAAGCCUGCACUUUGGUCAAUAAGAAAUGGAAUAUGUGUGCAUCUGCGUUUUUGUGGAAGCAUGUUGUUUUUUAUCAACAGCAAUAUUAUGAUGUGUUUCAGUCUAUGCUUAUGGUAAAAAAGUCGAUGCUACACCAAUAUGUGCGAUUUGUGCGUAGCAUUAGACUGGAAGAUAUUACAAUACAGACAAACGACUGGCAAAGACUCGUGGAUGCAUGUUUCAAUCUGGAAAGCUUAUUUAUUAAACGUGUCGUAUCUAUUAUUCCCGCUACCAAUCUGAAUGCUCCUCAUGCUACAUCCAAUUCUACUACAUGCUCUGCUUACACAGACUUGAAAAACACAAACGUACAAGUUCUUUCCAGUGCAUCCAUCCCAACCAAAUCAUGUUUUUCACUUUCCAGAUUCCAAGAACUUGUUGUAUCUGAUUCUCCUCAAUUAAGAUUGAGUUUGCUGAUAAAUCUGCUGCAAGUAUCCCCUAAAACAAAAAGAAUAUCCGUAUCAGGCUGCAGUUUCAAUGAGGAGGACAUGUGCACCAUGGUAAAACUUUGUCCUAAUCUGGUUGAUAUCUCAUUAGGGUCGCAUAUGAGCAAUGGUCAGAUUUUCAGUCGAUCAUCGGGCGGAGAUGCGUUUGCUGGUGCUUUAGUAACAACAUGUCCAAAUUUAAAAGCUGUAGAUCUUACAGGAAUAGUAUCCAUGACUGAUCAGGGAUUUACCUAUUUUUUAAGUGCUAGAGGAAAGACUCUUCAAAAGCUACAAAUCAGACUGGCAAUGCAGAUCUCAGUAGACGCUCUGUCACAGAUAGGCCGUUGUUGUGCAUUUGGAUAUCUUAAAAAACUAACGCUAGCAAACAUCCCUCACAUGACUGACGAGUUGCUCAUGAGCAUUUUGGAGAGUCUUUUACGGGAAACACUCGAGUUUCUUCAGCUCGAGGCACUAAAUAUAAGCGACAGCACAGUUGCUUGGAUUGGACAGACGUGCACUGAGUUGAAGCAGUUACGCCUCUGUGGUCUUAACCAGCCCUUGGAUUUAACCGUUAUUCUAUCUGGUAGAUCACUAACAUUUCCAAAACUAAGGCAUUUAAUUAUACAGGAUACUCCUAAUAUUUUUGAAGAAACAUCACUAAUGUGUCAGCAUCAGGCAUACACCAAAACAACCAAUGAUCUGGUGUCUAUAGAAAUUGAUGAAUUGAAAGAACGGCUUAUUUCUGAUAUUUCCGAAAUGGAUCCGAGUCCAAUCUUGGCUAGUCCAGAACUUCGAACCCCACUAGCGGGUAUUUUAAACGAUAAACCGACUGCUGAUACCACACAACAUCGGAGAUCUUCAGUGCCUUUUAAAACAGUCAGAUGCCAGAUUGGUGCACCAUACUUGAAUCGUCUCGAGAUUAUUGGCUGUACUGAAAUUUCGGAAAAAACUCUAGUUACAUUGAUAUGCCAUUGGAGUCAACUUCAAAGGUUUAUCUAUGUUGGAAAUAGAGUUUCACCAGAAUUUCGGUUUAGGCUGAGCCAUAUACUACCAAAAUGUAGAUCAGAUAUAUAUGUACUGAGCCCAAUCACACCGGGUUUUGAAUAAAAUCACUUGGUUUUUACGAUCAGUAAUUUAAAACUCGUCACUCAGUUGAAGAUUCAGCAGCAUAAUGAUUUGCUCUUGGCAGAAUAAACCUUUGAUUUUAAUU